AUGGUAUUUCUCCAGAUGAUUGCAGCAGUGAACGCUAUAAUCGCUAUAGUUGGUAUUCCUGGUAAUUUACUGGUAAUAAUAACUAUCGCAUUUGAAGAGAGAUUUCACAUCAUGCGGUAUAUUUUGUUGGCCAGUCUCGCACUGUCAGACUUUCUGCGUUUAAUCUUUAUCAACUCAUUCCGCAUUGCUAGUUUUGCGUACGAGAAUUGGUUAUACGGCGAUACAAUGUGCCAGCUCAAUGCAUUUUUAGCAAGAUAUUUUUACCUUAACACUGUUCUUCAUCUGGUGGCGAUAUCUUACGAGCGAUACGACGCGAUCGUCAAAUCACCUUUGACUUACGAUGGCACAAUUACCAAAUGGAAAGUGUUGUUGAUAUUUCUCCUGUGGGCUUUUCCGUUUCUACCCCUCGUCAUACUGUUUUUUCAGUUUGAGGUUUACAAGUACGACUCAGAACUGAUUUUCUGUGAUCUCGGACAUGUCGCACAGAGUGAUUCUAGUGGAGUGAAAACGUUUACGGCUGUUUUUCCCUCGGUGUUAUUAGUCGGGCCAUUUCUGAUAAUCGUCUUUUUAAACUGGUUGGUGUACAAGACAGCCAAGAAUCAAGUAGAAGCCUUAGGUCACCGGCAGCCUGGAGGAAUUGCUGGUUUCAACGACCCCCAAGAGCAAGAAAUUCCGAGGAGGGUGAGAGAACGGAAAGCAGCUGUCGAUAUCAACAUCAUUGUUGCUGCGUUUUUGCUUUGCCUUUUUCCCAGGUAUAUUGUCCGCCUUUUUCGCUUGUUUUGGAAAUUCGUGAAAGUUCCAGCCGAGGCAAUACAGGUCUCGUCAUCUGUCUUCUUAAUCAGUUCGCUGUGUAACCCGAUCAUCUAUUCUGUACGAAAAAGAGAGUUUCGACUCGGCGUGAAAAACUUGUUGAGGCGGUCUGGGCUGUGGAAAUUUCAAGGGGAUCACAAUGAUGAAUUUAUUGCUAUGAACAAUCUCAGAUUCCCGCGCUGCAUCCCUGACAGAAAUGUCAUGCAUCAGGAAGCACCCUUAACACAGGGGCACCCAAUGGAUCUGUUCCUCAAAAUAUCUGUUCUUCAGGCACAUUUUUGCUGGCUGGGAGAUGUGGAAGAGAUAAUAGUCCUUGGAACGAAAUAGUUGCUGGGAAAAAGAUAAUUCAGGGUGUCAAAGAGGAUUGGAAGUCUAGAAUAGCUGCUACGGGUUACUUGUAUGGGUUACUUACCACUCAAGAUCUGAAUUGUGCCCUAUGAAACUUCCCAGUAAGUCAGGUUGCAGGUUGUAAGGUUGCUGGCUGGGAACUCUUCUAUCAGUCUUGCUGGGAGUGAGGAACAGAUAAUUUUUUUCCAGCAAUCUCCCAAAAUGCUUAAAAUAGUCUCAGAAAACUUUAUUCACGCUUUGUUGUUGUUUUUAGGUCUUUGUCUCAACAUUUCCCGUUGGGUGCCCCUGUUAACAGACCACGCAUGUGAAGAUCAGCACAGAUCCGCGAUGUUUGUUUCAAUGAUGGAAUUAACUAGACUGAAGUUUGAGAGUCGUCUCUCCCCAAUUCCUGAAAAUGCUGAGGAAGACCAAUAA